CCUCAAUGCAGAAGCUUCUUAAAAAAAAAAAAAAAAAAUUUAGAAAAUGUGAUCUAUUCGUCUAAAUUUCCUCAAAAUCCUUCAUUUUGCUAAUUCAAGUCGCGAUUAAAAUCGAGUUCAGUACUGUUCCAAUUCAAGCUUCAUUCGACUAUCUGGUCUUCUUCACAAGGGGACCCAAAUGCCAACGAGUCAGCAUCAUGUCGUUAGAACAGACAUUUCAGAGUUAAAAUCUCAGAUUGAGAAGAGGAUUGGUCGGGCCAAAACAGAGAGUUACCUUAAUCUCUUAUCAAAAUUCUUGAGCUUGAAAAUCAGCAAAUCUGAUUUCGAUAAGCUAAUCAUUGUGACGGUGAAGAGGGAGAAUAUAAGUCUACACAACGCUUUGCUUAGAGGGAUUCUUAAGAAUAUAUGUCUCUCAAAGACACUACCUCCAUUCGUAAAGAAUGGUGUAGAGUCAGAUAACAAGAAGAAGAAGCAACUAAAUGGAGCUUUUCAAUCUUUGUGCAAAGAACUUCCUAGAUCACCUCGUAAAGGAAGGACUCAACGGAGGCUUAAUAAAGAUGGUAAUAUUAGCAAAGGGAAGAGUCUAGUCACUGAGGUUGUUUCUUCUAGUGGUAGGCAACAAUGGUCAAUGGAAAAUGUUGAAGAAGUUGACCAAUUGAUUCCAUGUUGGAGAAGUCAACCUAUUGAAGCUCCUUUUGGUGUUAAUCUUAGAGAUGUUAUAAAGAAACAACAUCGUAUAGACACGUGUUGUUACUCCUCUGGUGAGCUUCCUGAUUCGGUUUCUUUAAAGAAGAAACUCGAAGAUGACUUGGAGGAAGGAUUAGAGGUUUCGGUUGGGUUUGCUAACUCGUUAAACGCAGGGCUAGAUGUUUUCUUGAAGAGAUUGAUCAAACCGUGUCUUGAACUAGCAGCUUCAAGGUCUAGUAACGCUUCAUCAGCAUCUUCUCUGGUAGAUUUUCAAGUAGCUAUGGCGUUAAACCCAUCGAUACUAGGGGAAGAUUGGCCUACAAAGCUUGAGAAGAUCGCCUGCAGAUUCAGAUAAGCUACUAACUCUAGAUAGAUCAGAUUCUUCCUUUACAGAGUUUUAAGUUUUGAACAUCUUUAGGUUUUGUGUAUAUAUGUCUUGGUUUGUCUUGAUUUUGAUGCUCAGAUUGGAU